GUAGUCCCACGGAGACAUACUUCUUUGGUACUCAGAUGGCCAUGAUUCUGCUGGGCGCUAUUCCGGGCUGUUUCUUCGUCAGCAUAGUCAUAAUCCCGAUUUUGUACAACCUGAGAAUCGUCUCUAUUAACGAGUAUAUAGAGCUGAGGUUUGAGUCACGACUGCUAAGGACGCUGGCAACUCUGUGUACUCUUCUCUCUUCUUUCAUUUACAUGGGCAUCUGCCUCUAUGCUCCAACAUUAGCUCUGUCUACAGUCACGGGCCUCGCUACCUGGGUAUCCACACUUAUCAUGGGGACAAUAUGUACCUUCUACAUCACAAUUGGUGGUGUAAAGGCUGUGGUGUACACAGACGUGUUGCAAACGUUGCUCAUGUUUGGCGGGGUGCUGGUGGUGGUGAUCCUCUGUUGUAUUGACCUGGGCGGCGUUGACAAAGUGUGGGCCAUUGCAGACCGAGGUGGACGCAUCCAAUUUUUCAACCUCGACACGAGCCCUUUUGAGCGCCACACUCUGAUGUCCACUGUGGUCUUCGGCUAUUACUUAAUAGUCUCUUCCAUCGGCUUCAACCAAACCACCUUCCAGAGAUUAGCAUCUGUGAGGACGCUUCAGACAUCACAAAGUGGUGCCGGCUCUAUAAUCUGGUUGGGCUUUGUCACUUUCUGA